AUCCAUCUCUCUCUCUCUUACCUUUCUCCAAAAUACUAUUCUUUUGUUUUCAAUUUCUGAUUGAUUGAUUGCACAAGUGGGUUUUAGGGUUCUUCUUCUUCUUACUGAUCACGUCUUCUCUCUCCUUCCCCUCCCACCCGUCGCGAAUUUCACAAAAGACGCACACAAGAACGUUCUUGAAUCGGGGGAUUACAAUGGAUUUUAAAGGUAUAGCAUGGGUAGGAAGUGUCUACCAGAAGUUCGAAGAAAUCAUCGUCCAGGACACAGCUAAGUACGUUGGGAACUCUGUGAAGAGAUUCUGUUCCGAUGUGGUUCAAGAUCUGCGUCCCAACGACUCUGUAGGAAAAGAAUCACCCGUCUCUACGUUACAUGAAUACGCUCCUGUUUGCUCUUCCUUCAAAAAGAAAAGAGAAGAACAAGAUGUAACCGAGGGGAAGAAGGAUGGAUUUGCAAUGGAGCUCCGUGGUCUUGACGCAGAUGAUUACGAUAUUUGUACUUCUCCAAGCCAGUCUAGUUGCGGAGGUCCGUAUAGAAGGACAAGACUCGGUCGCAAACAAGGGUUUAAGAAAGAAGUCACCAGGCCUUGCAUACAGAAAGACUCAACUAGUUUAUCAAUGGUUCAUAGAACUCGUGUUAGAAACGAUGUUGGAACUGUAAAGUCAAGUGAUCCUCCUCCUCCUCCUCCAGGUGAAGUGGCAAGACUCGUCUCUAAAGAGGAGUGUUAUAGAAGCGACAAUCAGCACGGUCUAACAAUGGUUAGUUCUGUUAGAAGUCAAGAUGCAGAGAUUAGAACCAAAGAUGAACACAGUCUUGCAGUGGCUGACUCUGUUAGGUGUAAAGAUUCAGUGAUUCAACCAUGUGUUGCCAUAAGCUUACCUUCAGGAUCUGAUGGUAAAACUAGUUCGAGUUCUGUCUCUGAGCAGAAGUCAGAGAUUCUUCAACAGCUUAGUGGAAGAUCAGUUGAAGAAAGCUGUAUCAUUGUGGACAGAGACGAGUUGCAUUGUGUUUUUCCUGACAAGGAGGAGAAUGACAAACGCAAACCUUACAAGAAGAUCAGAGACGCUAUAUCUUCAAGAAUGAAGCAAAACAGAGAACAAGAAUACAAGCAACUUGCUCGUCAAUGGUACACAGAAGAUGUGCACAAUGGUAGAGAAUGUGGCGAGAAUCUGAAACAGAUUGAGGAAGAUCGAUCAUCACAAGAAUCUGAAUGGGAGCUUCUGUGAAGUGUCAAUGGUUUACACUUGUAAUACAAGUAACUAAACACUAUCUUUGUAUAUAAAGAAUGUAUAAGCUCAACAUAGAAGCAGCCUUUAAAGGCUUCCUCUUGUUACAUACUAAUGAGUAAUGAUUUAAUAAGGCUCUCAUCUUCAUCGAA